CUAGUGUGAAUUUGAGAUGAUAAUUAUUACAAUAAAUUUUAUUAGUAGAUGAUGAUAAAUAUGGUAUAAUAAUGAACAAAGAAUAAUCUUGAAACCACUAAAUAUCAAAGUUAGUGUUUAACUAAAGAAAUUACAUAAUUUUAUGUUUGAUACUUCAUUGUCGGGAUUGAGCGGGAUUAAGCGGGAUUUCCGAUUGGGAUCCCGACUUAAUCAGGAUUUUAAUGUCAGAAUCCCGACUUAAUCGGGACGGGAUACGGGAUCCUCUUGUAGUUUGAAUCGGGAUCGGGAUUUGGGCAAUCGGGAUCGGGAUCAUCCUGAUCCCACCCCUAUUUAUGAUUCAUACUAGCUUAACAAAUUUGAAAAAAAAUACACCCUCCGUCUCACUAAGAAUAUUUGAUAUUUUCUAUUUCAGUUAAUCCUGCUAAGAUUGUUAAUACUAUGUUUGAUAAAGUUUAUGUGGUUUCAAAUUAUUAUUACUUUAAUUUUACUUUAUUUAUUCAAUAUCAAUCAUAUAAAUUCAUUUUUAAUACAUAUGUCACCUCAUCAUAUCUCAAUGCAAAUUGAACCAAGAUAGUAAGUAUACGUAAGUAAAUAAAAAAAUGGCCCAAGUAAAUUUAGUGUAAUUAUCUAUUGUUUUUAAAUUCUCAAUUGUAACUUUGUAAGGGAAAAAACUAACUACCAAAAUGUAAAUUCAAAAUCCGUCACUGCAAUCAAGUUGACUUGAUGGAUAGUAAAAUAAAUUACUCCAAAUAAGCAGAAAACAUAAACAAAACGUUGAAAUAGACCACUUAUAUUUUAUUCACAAAAUGUAACUUGCUUAAUAAUCCUAUAAAAGAUGGCUUUCUCAUCUUUCUCUCUAGGCUUGCUUUGGGGCAACACUUGGUUUCUUCGUUGGUCCGCCGUCGACUUUGUCGAGGGGCGAGAGGCUGGGAUUGUCCGGCCGAUUGUGGAUAUCAGGUCGAUUUUGGAGGCUUCAGGUUGAAAGCAGUUCAGCGGAGUCGAGCAACGGCUGCUUCGGGAUGACGAAACUACUAGGGCGCGGCGGCAAACCAGGACGUGGCGGCAGCGAUUGGUUCGAGGCGUCCAGAUUGGAGGGGUCGUGAACUGUGGGGAGGUUCGAGAGAAGGUUAAGAGUCGGUUUUAGCAUGGAAAGCUUCGUGCAUAAGUACAAGAGUAUGACGAUUGGGACAGAGGAAGAAGACCUAGACCUGGACCUUGAUGAUUUCGAUGGUGAAGACGUUCCAGUAGAGGAAAGCAGUCUGGGAUUGCUAUUGACUGACAGGAAUGUCAUAUUUCCAUCCCUCAAAGAGCUUAUGUCCUCGCUAUGGAGGCCGGGGAAAGGAAUGAAGACCAAAGUACUUGGUGAGAAAAGUUGAGUCCCUCAGUCUUCUGUCAAGAAGGGCUUCAAUGGAGUUGAAACGCACAAAAGCAACGUGGGAUAAUCUCCCAAACCUUGCAAUAUCCAACAUCUUCUGCAAGUCCUCCAUUGAAGAUCGCCUCUUCAACCUUCCAUUCGUAUGCAAAUCAUGGGCCCACGUUUCUCGCGACCCUCGCUGCUGGGCCUCCAUGAUCGCCGACACUCACCCCCUCUCCGCCGAUGAUGCAUUCGUCAAAGCCUCCUUUCCGUACAGCUCCGCCUUUCCCGAUCCAUUCCGCGGCAGUCGUAGCGGCGGCGUCCUCCGCCUUCAAAUGCUCAUGGACAGAGCCGGCAGCGGAGCGGCCAUCACCUCUCUCUUCGUCUAUCCCUUUCUCAAUUCCGUUGGUGGGCCUAGCAAUGACGACGACGUUCUCACUCUGAUCGCCUGCCGAUGCCCUAACCUGAGAAACUUGUCAUUCCAUGGGUCUUACAAUGGCAGUGAAGGAGUGAUCCUGGAGCUGAUAGGGAAGUGCCGGAAAUUGGAGGUCAUUGACUUUUCCGAUUCGCCCUACUUCACCCCUGCAGUUUUAGAAGCGGUGAAGGGAUGUUGCCCUGACAUUAGGGGGAUCAGAAGGAACGGGGAAGUUGAUAGCCAUUUAUCAACUCAUCUCGUCUCUUCUUCUUAUUCUUCUGGGUUUUCAGAUUUGAGGCUAAUUAACCUCUCAGAUUCAACAAUUGGGGACAUGGACCUGUUAAACAUACUGUGUAUGAAGAAGCUGCAGUACUUGGACAUCACACGCUGCCAGAAUCUGGUAAAGUACAUGGACCUCAUCAAGAGAGCUCAUGGCCGGAUACCUGAAAUUUGCUAUGACUAAGUAAGAGAGUUUGUGUAGGAUCAGUGAUUGCAGAGAUGAUUUCUAGGAUCACGAUGCUCUUGAAGAGUUGAAGUGCUUUUGUGAAAACAGCAUCAAUAUGAGAUUAUGUUAUAAGCAGGUUUAAUGUAAGAAUUAGUGAUCCAGCCAGCCGGACAAGACUAGCUAGCAGCCUAGCAGUCCGCCCGAGGGCUUUUGGGUUCCUUCCGGAUGUAAUUUUUCUAUGCUUUUUUUUGAAAACAUGUUAUACAUCAAGAGUCUAGUUUACUUAUACUAAAUUUCAAUUAAAAAUUCAAUCGGAAAGGCAGACCAAUAAAUUGUUGAAACAAAUUGCGCUUUUUAGUAUAUAUAUAUAAAGCACAUUUUUUGUAAAGAAUUUAUUUGAAUGUCUUCCAGAUUGAAUGCUUAGCUGAAAUUUGAUAUUAAUAAAAUAGACUUGAUGAAAAACAUGCUAAAAAAAAUCAUCUAAUAAAAUCCACCGAGAAGGGCCCCAAAUGCCCUCAGUCUGACGGCGGUUCCCGUCAGGCCGGCCUGAUAUGAUCCGUCCUCUUAAUGUAAUACUCCUAAAUAAAUUUCUCGUUUUCUCUCUAUGAAUUUUUUAAGAGGGUGUAUUGUAUUAGGAUUUAGUGGCGAAAUUUUAAAAGUACAUGGAUUUUAAAAGUAUUCAAUGUAGACUUUUAAGAAUCUAAAAAAGUCUAGAUGUAUUCAAUUUAUUUUUAAAAGUCUAUAAAUGUCUAGGUGUAUUCAAACUUUUGUUCAUUUUUAUUGACUUCUAAAACCAUGGAUUCUUGUGUACUUUUAACUCAUUUCUAGGACAAAAAAUCUCCGCAAUUAUCUCUUUUCCUCACCAAAGAUAUUCAUGGACUUUUCUGUUUUCUUGUAUUCGUCAUAAGUACGCAUAUUAAGAAGGUCCUAGACCGGUACCGGUUGAGUCGGGAGGUGAGUACCUGGAUGGUUUCAAUAUGCAAGAUUUUUUUUGUCGUCAAAACAUAUCAAUAUGCAAGAUUUGAAAAUUAAAAUGGUUUUUUAUAUAUCAUCUUACGAAGAAAAAUGUAGGGGUUGAGAUCAAUUCAGUUCUUGAAAGAAAAUUAAGAACCAUUUGAAAAACUGUUAAUUCAAUAUCGAUUCGAUUCUAGAAGUUUUUAGAAAAAUCUAUUUAAGAAUUGAUAGUAUAUUAGUAUUAUAUCAGUGCAAUUCUGAUAUGUUGUCAAUUAACCAUUAAUUAUUAUUGAGUUUCAUCGGUAAACCGCUAACACAUUAAAAUAUAAUUUCAAAUUAAUAAAUAUUUAACCGUAAAGAAAUAAACAAAGUUUAACAAGCUAAUAAUGAAUAGAAAACAAUUAUUAAGAAGAACUCAAUUGCACUUAUGUUCAUACCUCAUGUAUCAUUUAAGCAAUGACUAUAACACUUUUGUAACAAUUGAUCAUAAAGAGACCAACUUUGUUGAGAAAUCUCAAAACUGUAAGAUUUCUUAUGGGAGAUUUCCCAAAAUAGGAGUAAAUGGAGUUUGGAAUUCCAAAAUAGGACUACUAUGUUUUUAUUCCCAAAAUAGGACUAACAUGACAGUAUUUACCGUCAUCUUGUAGGCGUGACUUUCAAAUAAUUGCAGUACAAUGCAUUUAACAUGACAGUAAGAAUUAUAAUUAAUGACAGUAUUUUUCAAUCAUGACAGUAACAACUCCUAUUUCGGGAAGAGAAACAUAGUAGUCCUAUUUUGGAAUUCCAAACCUCAUUUACUCCUAUUUAGGGCAAUUUCCCUUUUCUUAUUAAUAAAUAUAUAUAUUUUCAUGUAUAUGUUUCAUUUAUUCUUGUAGAACUCUAUAUUCUUAAAUGAACUACAUUAGUUUCAUUUAUUUAUUUAAUUGUUUUUUAUCAUAUUAUACAAAUGAAAUUACUCAUGAUAGGACUAAAACAUAGCAGUACUCUUCCCAAAGUAUGAUCAUAAGUUUGAAUUAUCUUAAAUAGGACUAAAACAUUACACUUAUACCCCCAAUUUAUUUAAUUACUAUAAUUAAUUGUCCAUUGGUUCCCUUGCAUAACCAAAACCAUUUGGUUGGUGGUGGAUCAGUCCGAUGAUGGUGGCGGUGAGCUCCAGUGAUGGAGAAGGAGGAUGGUGUGAUUCAAGAAAAUCCGUAACGGCGCUCUGGGUGAAAAUUACGACGAUCGGCGCUCUGGUUUAAAAGUCUAAGGACUUUUUGAAAGUCUAUAAACUUAUCCAUGGAUUUAAUAAUCAAUGAAAAUCAUUCAUAAAAAAGUCUAUAGAUUUAAAAGUCCAUGGAUUAAUAAAUACACCAUAAUUCAUACUCAAUACACCCCCCUAAAUAAAAUUUACACUCUCCUUUUAUUGAUUAUCACUAAAUAAAUGGCGGAUUUGACUUUGCACCUCACUUUUGAAUGAUAUUGGAAUUUGCAUUCCAUUUUGAAAAAACUUUGACUUUGCACCUCAUUUUCCUUCACAAAAUAUUAUAUGAUCGGGUGCAAAGUCAAAGGUUUUAAAAAUGAGAUGCGAAGUCCAAUAUUACCCAACAAGUAUGGUGCAAAAUCAAAUUAUCCCCUAAAUAAAAUCUCAUUUCUAUAUGUGAUAAACAAAUUUACACUCCCUCCGUUCCAAAUUAAGUUACAAAAUUGACUUUUUCGAAUCAAAUUGAUUCACUUUAUUCACUUAAUUAGGAUAUCAAUUCUUAAUUAAAUUUUAAUUUGAUUUUUUAUUUACUCCGUACUAGUAGUAUCUACUCUUGUGUAUUCAAUAUAUUUAACCAC